ACCGAGUUCGACCGAUAGAUUUAGACCGGUCUUGAGAAUGUACUGUAUUUUCGUGCGCGAUCCAGUAACAGAAGGUGCUACGUAGGACUUUGUUACUUUGUUCUGUGUGUGUCGUCGAUCUACGAGAAUCGUGUGUAUUUUUGUGCUCGUUUGAAUUUUUCGUAAAAAUGUUGCAGCAGGCAGCAAUGUCAACUUUUAGUCCUCAUUAAAAAUGUGGUUUGAAACUCAAAACUGUGCCAUGAUGGGUUUGCAGACAACGACAGGAGUAGCAGCAGGCGGUGGUGGAUCGGGAUGUAAGAGAAAAUUAGAGGCAGCAACCGCUCCGGCGGACUCGUCGACGCCUCCGGCAAAGACAGGACGUUGGGAAGCGGACGAUUGUAUAGCACGUCUCCAAGCUGUGGCGGUCCCUACAGCGGACGCUUGGAGGACACCGACGCCUUCGUUAGCCGCCUCCCUACUCACUACUUCAUCGACUGGCGUGGAGGCCGUCACUACGACGCUAGACGACGACUUCGACGACGAGGAAUUCGACGAUGAAUUAUCGGACGAUGAAAAAUGUGGAAGUAGCAAUGCCGUGCCUGAACCAGCCAGAUUUAGCCCGUACCAGUAUAGUAGGUUUCAAACCCAAACAGACUACUGGCAGUACUACCAACCUCCACAACAACAAACAAUAAGGUGCGAAGAAAACGGCAAAAGUUAUCUCGAGUUAGGUGCUUCUCCUCCGGCUAGGACGCGUUGUUGUGACGGUAGGACGAGGUGGUGUCACGUACCAUGUUAUCGACAAAGACGUUUAGCAGUUUUAAAUCUUUCAAUGUGCAAAUUAGCCAGGUAUAGACAAUGUUCGGAUCCGUCUCUGCGUAGAUCGGUACUGAUAUGUAACACCUUGAGGAGAUUGGAAAGAGAAAUGGAGUCUGAACCGCCGGAACCUAGUUAUCCAUCGUUACCAGCUCUAUCUCCGAUCAAUAUACCGGAAACAAAUUACGAACAAAGUCUUAGAGACAUGAACUGUUCGGGAAGAGCGACUCCAUUCCCAUCCAACCCGCCAGAUACAGAUUCUGGUUUAGGAGAUGACGAAACAACGAGACCGAUCAAUUGGGGAUCCGUUUUGAGUCUAACAAGUCAAACCGACUUGGAAUCGCUCAACAACAAUGAACUUUAUGCAGAACUCGGACUUACCAAUAGUGAAAAUAGUGAAUGGAAAGAAAGUGUACGGACUGAGACCGAAUGGGACGGAUUUAUGCAUGUUUUAGUUGGAAGUACGUAGCAUUAAGUAGCUACUUAGUAUUAAAGGUCAGAUGAUUUUUCCAAAAAAAAAUCCAGAAUGAUAUUUUUCAUGUACUGGCCUACCUUACUCAGGUUGUGAUUUUAAUAGUUAGAAAGCAAAUGAAGAAUGGUGCGUGUGAGAAUGUGCAGCUAAAAUGAUAUUUUACAUUGUAUAGAAAGGACGAACAAGGAGUACGGAAGCCUAUUAAACAGGAUACUUAACAAUCUUUAUUUCUUUUGGUUUAUCGGAUCUCUUUUCAACAGUAUAUUAACCAAAAGAAAAUACGAGUACCAAUAAUAGUUUAUUUUUGACCACUUUGAAUACAAUAUAAGUUUAUUUUCUCUCUUAAACUCACAAAUAUGAUAUGCUAUAAAAAUUAUUUUCUUUUGGUUGAUAUUUAUGCAAAAAAACGCUCAAUUUAUUAAACACAGCAUAGGAAAACUAUCGAAGAAUGUGUAUUGAUUAUUUCAAUUAAAUUUUGAACUAAAUUAUGAUAAUUAUUUGAACAACAAUGAAAUUAUAAUUUCAGGAUUGCAUGCGAUUUUCAUUACGAUCAUUUUCUUUCAAGUCCAAUCACCAGGUACUUUCCUUAUGGUUUUCUGUAGCUUCUUCGACUUCUUUUUUCCUAAGUUUUCAAUUGGGAUCUUUCUUGAAGUCUCGUAUUUCAUCUAAUACACAUUUUUUCCUACAUUUUAUUUUCAAAAAACUUAAAAACUUGUUCUUUAACUAAUAACAGUUGAUAGAGUCAAAGUUUCUGUAAUUUUGUGAAUUUGCCAAUAAAUUCCAAUGUCCAUUCACCAGGUGCUUUUCUUGUGAUUUUCUGUGGCUUCUUCAACAUCUUGUUUCUAAUUUUUUUUUGGGAACUGUCUUAACAUUUUGUAUUUCAGUGAUAGUUACAAUCUCUCUAAUUUUGUAUAUUUGGCUUCGACUUCUUUUUUUAAAUUUUUAAUCGGAACUGUCUUUAACAUUUUGUAUUUUAUGUAAUAGUCCAAAUCUCUGUAAUUUUGUAGGUUUGCCAACAGUUUCCAAAGUCCAUUCACUAGGUGCUUUCCUCAUGGUUUUCUUCAGCUUCUUCCAUCUCUAUCAUGUCAUGUUAUGUAACAAGUUUCAAAAUGCAAUCAAAAAAUUAAAUUUUCUUUUUUUAGAAAAUAAAGUUACAUAAGAUAGUCCGGCCCUGAUGUUUCUCAAGUACCAUAAUCUAAAAAUUUCAUAUAUUGAAAAUUUGUCUCAGUGUACUCAUUCUCUCCAUAAAAUUUUAUUGCCCUGGAAACAACUUCGUAUGAAAAUGGUAUCCUCGCCAGUCCGGCUCUGCUGUUCGUCAAGUAUCAAAUUUCGAACUGCUAUUAAAAAAUGAAAAUUUCUCAAUCUUAUGAAAAUAAAGUUUCAUAAGAUAGUCCGAUGUUUUUUAAGUCUAAAAAUUUCAAAUAUAAAAAAUUUGUAUCCAUGUACUAAUUGUCUCCUUAAAAUUUUAUUGCCCUAAAAACAACUUCCAUAUGAAAAAGUUAUCCGCGCAAGUCCGGCCCUGCUAUAACGUGCAUUAGAAAUUCCGAUAUGAAGUUUCUUUCUACUUUGGAAAAUAAAAUUUCUCGUAUUAUCUCUCAUAUGUCUGUAUAGAAAACAGUUCUUAGUCUACUCUUUUGGGUCAUCGGUACCAAAAAAUUUUUUCAUCAGUAGAUUGUCAUUUUUCUUUUGUUUACAUCUUUCUAGUGAAAAUAUUGUCCGUGUAAGUCUCUUCCUGAUUAUUGCCAAGUAACGUACACUGAUAGUUUCAAGAUGCCAUUAAAUAUUAGAAAAUAUCUUUAGAAAAUAAAGUUCUUAUUAUAAUCCGGCCCUGAUGUUUAUAAAUUUGCCAUUAAAAAUGAAGAAAUGAUAUUCUUACAUGUAUACGAAUAGAAACAUUUUUCUUAGUGUAUUGAAAAUCCUAUCCUUUAUUCUGAGAAACAUUCUAACCAUUCCGGUCCUGUCGUUUUUGUGACAUUGUCCAGUGCACCCGUCAAGUGAAAUACUCUAGAUAUUUCGAUAUACAAUUAGAAAAUGAAGUUUGUUUUCAACUUUCUUCUUCCAAAAAUGAAGUUUCUUGUGAUAUUAUUUCUAUUGAGGUGAACACAGGUUGAAAACGAAUGAAAUAAAUACCUUAAGGUUUUAAAAGAGUUGAAAGCUGAAAUUGUAUGGAAUUAUAAGUGUUUUAAUUCUCAAUGGACUGACUCGGAGAAAAUACGACGUUGUGAAUCUGCUACAUAUAACAGUUCGAAACAGCAGGCCCGGACUGGCUCGGAGGAAUGAUACCGUUGUGAGCUAGCUACUUGUAACAGUUCUAAACAGCAGGUCCGUACUUGUCCUUCAAAAAGAUACUGUUGUGAACCAGCUACUUAUAGUCGAAACAGCAGGCCCGGACUGGGUGGGACGCUUUUAAAGACGGUAUAAUUUGCUAGGGGUAUUAUGAUUUAUUACUAUUUAGUUUGCUCAUUCGUAUUGAAUAUUAAUUAUCUAAUUUAAUAUUUUCCAAAGAAAAAAAAAAUGGAAAUAUAUGGAAAAAUGGUUUUGUUUGUGGCAGAAAAUAUAUUGAAACGAAAUGACUUUAUAAAGUAAAAAAUUAUUUUAAAAUUCGUAUUUGGUCAUAGAAAUUUUCGUUUUAUGUCAAUAAAAAAAAAUAUUUUAAUUUUUCAGGAAUCGGAUGAGGAUAUCGGUUUCUCUUAAAUCAAUUUCUUCUUGUUUCCAAUAUUUGAAUCGUCCUCCAAAUUUUUCAAUUUUUCUUCUACUUUUUUUUUUUAAUUAGUUACAUAAUUUAGAAACUUUAUUGAAAAUAUUUUUUAAAAAAAUUAAUAAUCAAGUGAACAAAAUGUGUUAGAUUAGACUAAAAUCGAUGAAGUACUAUGCUGUGGGGCUCAAAAAAUUUAGAUUUAUUUUUUAUUUAUAACGAAACGGUCCCGUAGAAGGGCAUUCCUUUGUAAAUAUUGGAAUUGUGAAAAAAAGAACAAAACUGUGCAUAUUGUACAUAAGAGGAAUUAUAUUCUAAUUAGGUCUAUAUUUGUAAAUACUUAAUAUAUAUGUUAUUACAUACUUUAAAGAUUGUGUAAAAAUAAUUUUAUCCAGAAAAAAAAUUGGCAAUAUGGUUCUACAUUAUUCAAAUUAACUUCCGAGCAUGUUUUUUAGAAUAUUUUCAAUGCUGUGAGAUUUUUUUUUCAAUAAAAAGUGCAGAAAUUAAAUUUGAUCUUAUUCGAAAGUAUGCUUUCAGUACUCUUACUAUAUGGUCCUCCUUCUUAAGAUCUAAAAUCCUACCAAGGAACCUUUCAUUUAUGUUUAAAACAUUAUAGAAACAAAUCGAAAAGUUCUUAUUGAAUCUUAUUUCUUCUAUUCAAAACGUUAUUUGAAGUUUAUGAGGCAACUAAUAUACUCUUCUUAUUCAUUAUUAUCUUGUGUACUGUUGAUGUGUGUAUCAUUUUUUCAAAGGUGGAUAAUCAACUGUUUUUUCAUGUUACGGAAGGUUUCCAGGUAGCCUCUUCUGGUUUUCUUCCUAAGGCUGGACGUAAGUUUCUUCUGAAAUUUCUUCUUCAGAGCUUUAUGCUCUUAUCAAAUUUCUUCUUAGAUUAUGGAAUUUUUUCUGAAAUGUCUGCAUUGGAAAAUAGAGUUUCUUUAUAGAAAAUUUUCCUUCAUUCACAAAUAACUUUGUCUGGGACUCGAGUUUUCUCCGAAAUGUGUCUUAAGGUAUAAAAUCCUACCAACAGAACUUCUCAUUUAUGUUAAAAAACUAUACAAAUAAAUCGAAAAGUUCUUAUCGUCAAAGUUCUUAUUUCAUCAAUUCAAAAUAUUACUUGUAAUUUAAUUAGACAACUAAUAUAUUCUUCUUUUAGUAUUAUAAUUUUUUCGUUAGGAAUUAAUUUCUUCCGAAAUUUUUUCACUAGCAAAUAAAUUUUCUUCUUUUUCUGUACAGGAAUUUUUUUUAUAAAAUGUAGAUUCCUCAAAAAUUUUUCGUUUGGAAAUGAAUUUUCUUCUCAAACUUUUUUAGGAAAUGAAUUUUAAUCCAUUAUUUCUUCACUAGGAAUUUUUUUUCAUACUUUUUGAGAAAAUUAAGUUUCUUCUUAAACGUUUUCUUUAGGCAAUGACGUUUUUUCAGAAAUGUCUUUGUUUGUUGAAAAAUGCAGCUUAUCAGAUAAUAAAGUUUUUAUUUAAUUUCAUCUUCAGGCAAUGGAAUAAAAGUUUUCUCUGAAAUUUAUUCAUUAACAAUUAAAUUUUCUCAUUUUUCUUGAUAGGAAUGGAGUUUCUUCUGACAUCUAUUCGUUAGAACAUAAAGUUUCUUCUUAAAUAUCUUCUUUAGACUACGAAAUGUUUUGAAAAAUCUCAAACUUUGACUUUAGACAAUUUUUUUUUUAAUUUCAUCCUCAUACAAAGAAAUGAAGUUUCUUCAGAAUUUUUUACAUUCCAAAAUAAAGUUGCUUUGUAGGAUGUUUCUGUAACAAAAUAAAUUUUUUUCUGAAUUUUCUUCUUUAGAACAUGAAAUUUCUUCUGAAAUGUCUUCUUUUGACAAUGAAGUUUUUUGAGAAAUUUCUUUGUUUGUUCAAAAAGGAAGCUUUCCUCAAAAGAAAAUGAGAAUUAUCCUAUAUCUCUUCAUUACAAACUGUUUCUUCUGAUAUCUCUUCAUUAGAACAAAAAGUUUCUUUUCAAAUUAUUUAGACUAUGAAGUUUUUUCAGAUAAUAAAUUUUUUCUUUAAUUUCAUCCUCAGGCAUGAAUGAAGUUUCUUCAGAAAUUGCUUCAUUGAAAAAUAAUUUUUCUCUGAAGGAAAUGAAAAUUAUUUUGUAUUUCUUCGUUAGGAAUUAGUUUUUUCUAAAAUUCCUUCAUAGAAAAUGAAAAUUUUUCUGAAAUUUCUUGUUCGGAAUAUAAAGUUUAUUCCGAAAUUUUUCUGUCACAAAAUAAAGUUUCUUUGUGAUAAAAAUCAUUGUUAUAAUUUUGAAAAUUUAAUUUCUUCUGAAAUUUCUUAAAUAUCUAUUUGUAUUUAAUAAUAUAUAUAAGUAGAUUUUUUUAUUCUUUUUCUUCUCUUUUUAUUUUAUCUCAGGUAUCGCAAAAGGGCUUGCAUCCAUUUUUUCCUCUUUUCUUUCGAUUUAUUAAUAAAGGUAUAAAGUGGACGAGCCUGUAUCAACGAGGCCCUCUUCUUUAUUUUCCAAAAUACAUUUAUAAUUUUAUUAAUCAUUCUUUAAAUGCAAGUUCCCACCCCCCAACUACGCUACUGUUUAUAAAAUAUUAGAAACUACUUGAUAAUUCGAAACUAAAUUUUAUUUUUCUGCAUUUUUUUUCCAAUUAUCACGAAUCACUGAAGCUCGGAAGUGGAAUUCUAGUCGUUUACUCGGCCAUUAUUCAAGAAAGUAAAAGCCAGUAUUAGCAGACUUGGAAAUAAUUUUGAAAUUAGUUGAAAUUUAUUUAAAACAUCUUUCGAAAAACCGUCCUCACAAACUUCUUGAACAAUGGCAAAUAUGAAAAAAAAAAAUUAUCCUUAGAUGUAUACCAUGUUAUUUAUAUAGUUAAUUGAAGCCUGAUUCAAACUUCUAAUGUUUGUUGGCCUACUAUCAGAAUCUAUAGAUUUUAACAGAAGAAGAAUUACGCUAUUGGCAUAGUCCGAAAUAGAAUAAUUUUUUAAAAGUGUACUUAAAUUGCCACAAAAUAUGGAUUAAGUGGUGUAUUUGUUUUCUUAAAUGAAAUAGCGUCCGGUUUAUGCGGUUUGCAAUUGAAACAAUUCUUUUUAACAAAAAAAUUUUUUGCUAUACCCAUAUAUUCUUUAAAGUAUCAAAUUUUUUGUUAUUAUUUGUAAAUUAACAAAUUAAACCGUAUUUAUACAUAAA